CAUGGCUCGAGUGACGAGUCACAAGUUGCUCCUUUUGCCCCGCGGGGCGUUUCUGUUUCUCCCCUCAGAGUCUGACCGCGGAUCACACGCGUCCAUGAUCGGCUCCGUCUCACACAGACAUGGAGAACCAUCACCUGAAGGAACACUUGUAUAAAAUCCUGGUGAUCGGGGAUCUUGGUGUGGGGAAAACCAGUAUUAUCAAGCGAUACGUGCACCAGAACUUUUCACCAAACUACCGCGCGACGAUCGGCGUGGAUUUCGCGCUCAAAGUUCUCAGCCUCGACCAGGAGACCGUUAGACUACAACUCUGGGACAUCGCCGGCCAGGAGCGUUUCGGGAACAUGACGCGGGUGUAUUAUCGAGAGGCCAUGGGAGCCUUCAUUGUUUUUGACGUCACCCGGCCAUCGACGUUUGAAGCAGUGACCAAGUGGAAGGAGGAUCUUGACGCCAAGUUGAGUUUAUCCAACGGCAAACACGUGGCAGCUGUGCUGCUCGCCAACAAGUGUGAUCAGGGCAGAGAUGUUCUCACUAACAAUGGCAUCAAAAUGGAGCAGUUCUGCCAGGAGAACGGAUUUGUGGGAUGGUUUGAAACUUCAGCCAAGGAGAAUAUUAAUAUAGAUGAGGCCGCACACUGUCUGGUGAAGCACAUUAUAGCUAAUGAGAAUGAUCCGCUGCAGUCCGAGGAUGCAGACACCAUCUCGCCGCAGCAGGAGUCCAGCCGCGGAGGAACCUGCUCGGCGUGUUUCAGGUCCUGAAGAAGAUCUCCAGAGGCUCUCUGAGGAGCACCUCUCCAUACAACCUCAUCCUGGCUCUUUCAAGUCUUUCUGAUCUCAUCUCAUUCACAUCUCCUGUCGUCUCUGUUUAUCUGUGUCAGCGCCGGAGAGGCGACCCUGGCGCCGUGUCUCAGUUUCCAUGGUAACAAGACUUAUCGAACACUCUGCAGAGCAGAAAACGUUUUAAGAGAAAGCAGUGAGAAAUCCAUCUGCAGAACUUCACGAGAACUUCAGGUUCCUGCAGCAUCAAAACCACAAAGGGCCAAUGCUGUAUUGAACCAUCCAAUUUUCAUUUUAUGAUAAUUUUACUGACCUGCUUUGCUUUUAAUUAAUAUUUCUACUUACUAACAGAAAUGGGCUGAAUGAGCGAAACCAACCAAUUAAAAAACAUUUGAUUUUUUUUCCCCACUGAGCAGAGUGAAACUCAAUAUGUUCCAUGUUUUUUUCCCCCUCUGAAUUCAUGAAUUAUGUAUGCAGGUCUUAAAAAUAUUAAUGAAUUUGAAUAUUUUUGGUACAUGCAGUUGCACAUGUUUCUAAAACAGGGUUUCCAGAGGUUUUCUGAAAGUAAAUGUAAGACCAAGUAAAGAAAAUGUAAGAAAUAUGUUAAUAUGGUGUCUUUAAAACACUUUAAAAUAUGAAAAUAAAAUUAUUUUAUUAAUUUCACAAAAAAAGCAUAUAAAUAUGGAAAUAACUUGUACUGUACCCUCACAUUGCAAAAAGUGCUUGUUUUUCAGUGCAAAUGUCUGAAGAUACUUAAAUCAAGAUGCAUGUAUUUCACAAGAACAAAUGUCUUCCAGUGGGUUCAGAAAAAAAAUCAACUUCAUUCAAAGGAAAAACAAGGUUUGUUUCCCAUUGCAGAUUGUUCUCAUCUUUAACUCAAUUAAUUUUGUUCAGUUUCUCAGCGAACAGGACUUCAUAAGUUCAGUUUGCUUCUCAAGUGAUUGUAUACUGAUUUAAAGAUGUUUAGAUAUUUGCAUUACAAAAAUAUUUUUAAUAACAUAUAAUGCAAUAUCAAGUCUUUCUGCAUUGAUUUAAAGCCUUAAUUUGUGGAAGGUCCAGUGAUGCGCUUUUUAAUCCCUGAGGAACCCUGUCAAAUGUUGUGUUUUCUAAUGUUUGUCAUUUGUCAACACUACAGUGCCAUCAACCAACAACAUUUGUUCUUUUAUUUAUCGACUGUCAGUGAUAUAAAUAUAUAUUAGAGCAUGUAUGAUAAUGUCCUGUAAAUACCCCUGUAUUUACCCAGUAUACAGCAGAAGAGUUCAGAGUUAAAGUAUUAAUAAACAUGAUCUUUAAUAAA